AUGUCCGGGCGGGGCGGCCGCGCCUGCGGGCAGGUCGGGCCGUGGGAGCCGCCGCCGGAGGGGCAGGGCGCGGGGCGGAGGCGCUGGCAGCCUCACCAAGAGCCUCCUGAGCAGCAUGCGGCGGCGGCGGCGCCCUGGGCUGCUGCACCUUCUGCGGAUCCGAGGCGGCAGCCGGGCUGGGAGGCCGAAGCCCUGCAGCGGCUCCCGGAGGGGUGGCAACGGCGGAGGCCGGCGAUGGAGCCCCCGCCGGCGGCUGCGGGGGGCUCGCCGUGGCGGCUGCGUGGGCGCCGGCGCGCACGCUGGCUGCGCCCUUGCCGCUGCUGCUGCUUCUGGAGCCUGCCCAAGCGGCAGUGGCGUCUGCUGGCGGCCGGCCUGACUUGCUGCACCGUGCUGGCCUUGUACGCCGCCAGCAGCCUGCACGACCUGCCCGUGCUGCGGCGCCACCGGGACGAGGAGGACGACGACGAGCCGCUCCGCGUGCUCCUCUGGUGGGAGCCCUUCGGGCGCAGCCGGCCGCUGGGCGACUGCCGGGCGCGCUACAACAUCAGCGCCUGCAGCCUCACGGCCAACCGGAGCCGCCACCAGGAGGCGCACGCCAUCCUCUUCCACCACAGGGACCUCAUCCUGCAUGGGCCUGAGCAGCUGCCCUGGGCCAGGCCCCCUGCUCAGCGCUGGGUGUGGAUGAACUUUGAGUCCCCCUCCCAUUCGCCUGGCCUCCAGGGCCUGGCAGGCAUCUUCAACUGGACCAUGUCCUAUCGGGUGGACUCGGACGUCUUUGUGCCCUACGGGUACCUGCGGGCCAGGCGGACUCCGGCCCGCCUCAGCCUGCCUGCCAAGACCAAGCUGGUGGCCUGGGUCAUCAGCAACUGGAAUGAGGAACAUGCCCGUGUCCGCUAUUUCCACCAGCUGAAGAAAUACCUCCCCAUCGACGUUUACGGGGCCCAGGGCUUGGAGCUGAAGGACGACAGCGUGGUCAAGACCAUCUCGGAGUACAAGUUCUACCUGGCCUUUGAGAACUCCCAGCACCCCGACUACAUCACGGAGAAGCUCUGGAGGAAUGCCUUCAAAUCCAGGGCCGUGCCCGUCGUGCUGGGACCCCCCAGAUCCAACUACGAGCUUUUCAUUCCCUCCAACUCCUUCAUCCACGUGGAUGACUUUGCCAGCCCCGCGCAGCUGGCCAUUUACUUGAAAUUCCUCGAUAAAAAUAAGACCAGGUACAGGAGGUAUUUCGCCUGGCGGAAAAGAUAUGACGUCCGGGUGACUUCGUUCUGGGAUGAACACUGCUGCAGGGUUUGCGAGGCCAUCCGGGCGGCUGGGAAGCAGCGCAAGACCGUACAGAAUCUGGCCAACUGGUUCGAGAAUUGACCAGGUUGAGCUGGCAUUGAGGGAGUUUUUAAUAAAGGGAGGGCGAGAGGUAGAGCUGAGGUUGAUGGGUUUUCUUAGAUAUAGUGGGCCAAGGAGGAAGGAAACUCUCAGGGUUUGGGUCUGAGGUCUCCUCAGGCUGUCAGCUUCAGCCAUGGUGAGUUGCUACGGAUUGUUGCCUCCCUUCUUGGCUCUGAGGCCUAGAGUGUGAGGCUAGAGUCCUUCUGGGACUCUUCAGAAAGCAGAGUGGCAUUUGUGUUUGCUUCCACACGUCUGGGAGGAGGAAACUCCCUGAACACAGAGAACUAGCACUUCUGAGAGGAAGCUAAUCUAAAACCCUGAGGGGCUAGAUGUUACAAGUAGGGCAUUGUAAACAUGGAGAGAGUGAUACAGAUGCGAAGGCCAGAAGCAUGAUUUUUUUGUUGUUGUUGCUGAACUUUUUACCUGGAGGUGGCGACCUUUGGUGACUUGCUGGCUGACUUAGUAUGGUGUGAUUCCUGAUCUUGAAAAUGUCCGAAUGUGAUUGAA